AUGACCAACUACGAGAAAACAUUCAUCGUCACAAGAUCUAUCUUAUGCCUCUCCAUAGCCAUAUUAUCCGAAGCUCAACCAUAUCUGAUGCAGCUCGAUCGGUGGGAAGUAUUGCAACCGAGUAUCGGUAUAUCCGCCAUGCACAUGCAACUCCUCCACAACGGUAUGGUCAUAAUGUUCGACCGUACGGAUUUCGGUACCUCGAAUAUUACUCUACCCGGAGGAAUGUGUCGAUAUGAUCCUAGUGACACCGCCGUCAAGUUCGAUUGCUCCGCACACUCGAUUCUCUACGAUGUUGCCUCCAACUCAUACCGGCCCUUGAAAGUCCAGACCGAUACAUGGUGUUCUUCUGGAUCGGUUCUUUCCAAUGGAACAUUGGUUCAAACCGGUGGAUACAAUGAUGGUGAUCGCGCUGCCCGAAUGUUUACACCUUGUGGUUUUAGCGAAAUAUGUGAUUGGAUUGAAUUUCCUCAGUAUCUUGCCCAACGUAGAUGGUAUGCCACCAACCAAAUUUUAGCAGAUGGACGAAUAAUCGUGGUCGGGGGAAGAAGACAAUUCAACUUUGAAAUUUUCCCCCGACCCGAUUCUCGGUCAAGAGAAUCUAGAUUUGAGUUUCUUAGAGAAACUACAGAUGGAAGCAACGAGAACAACUUAUAUCCGUUCCUACAUCUUCUACCAGACGGAAACUUAUUUGUCUUCGCUAACACAAGAUCCAUUGUGUUUGAUUACAAAAGGAACCGAAUCGUGAGAGAGUUUCCAGAGAUUCCAGGUAGUGAUCCAAGGAAUUACCCAAGUAGUGGCUCUUCCAUACUUCUACCAUUAGACGAAACCAACAAUAUCAACAUGGAAGCUGAGAUAAUGGUUUGUGGAGGCGCUCCUAAAGGUGCCUACUCAAGUGUGAAAAACGGCCGCGGAUUCGCACGUGCCACUUCCACGUGCGGGAGGCUUAAGCUAACCGGUGCCAAUCCAAGCUGGGAAAUGGAAACCAUGCCGUUGCCACGUGUCAUGGGGGACAUGCUGCUCUUACCCACGGGUGACGUCAUCAUCAUAAACGGUGCAGGCGCUGGUACGGCCGGGUGGGAAAACGCACGUGACCCGUUAACCCGACCCGUGAUAUAUCACCUAUUCGAUCGUCGGUUCUCCGUUAUGUCCACCGCAUCGCGACCUAGGUUGUACCAUUCCUCAGCGGUUUUACUACCGGACGGUCGGGUUUUAGUCGGCGGAAGUAAUCCUCAUGUUUAUUACAACUUUACCAACGUCGAGUAUCCAACGGAAUUAAGCCUCGAGGCUUAUUCUCCACCGUACCUUUCUUUCACAUCCGACUCAAUAAGACCCAAGAUAUUGACCAGCGACAAAGUGGUCAACUACAAGGGAUUGUUCAACCUAAGUUUCUCUGUAGCACAGUUUCUGACUGUUGAUCUUCUCUCUGUGAGGAUAGUUGCACCUUCCUUCACUACCCACUCUUUUGCGAUGAACCAGAGGAUGGUGAUCUUAAAGCUACUCUCUGUGGCACGUGACGGGCUAACAAAUUCGUAUAGAAUCAAUGUGUUGGGUCCAUCGACGCCUGAGAUUGCUCCUCCAGGAUACUAUAUGAUGUUUCUGGUACAUGCAGGCGUACCAAGCUCAGGUGUUUGGGUGCAAAUUGAGUGA